UAUGAUUAAAAUAGCUUUGGGGCAAAAGCAGGGCAAGGUGAUAUGUAAACCGCCACAAAUAAACAAACUUAAUACAAUUUCAAUUUCAUAGACACACGGUGAAACAGAUCAGCCAUGAGUUGGAUGAUCCCCAAGUCGACCUGUGCUGAAUCUUCUCGUCCGAUGUCCACCAAAGCAUGGCUUUUGCACGGCGUCGCCGUCGCCGCUGCUCUGGUCGGUGCUCACGCUUACUUCUAUUACCGCCGAUCUGCCACCGUGUUUCGGAGUCGAGUAGUGGGCAUAAUUCCAGCCCGGUUCGCUUCUUCUCGAUUUCAGGGCAAACCCCUCGUUGAGAUCCUCGGAAAACCCAUGAUCCAGAGAACUUGGGAAAGAGCAAAGUUGGCAACGACAUUGGAUCGCGUUGUUGUGGCAACGGAUGAUGAAAAGAUUGCAGAGUGUUGUCGUGGAUUUGGCGCCGAUGUGAUAAUGACUGCAGAAUCGUGUAGAAAUGGCGCAGAGAGGUGUAGUGAAGCACUGCAAAAGCUCGACAAGAAAUAUGACAUUGUUGUCAAUAUUCAAGGAGAUGAACCACUAAUUGACCCUGAAAUCAUCGAUGGAAUUGUCAAAGCCCUUCAGACUACCCCUGAUGCAGUUUUCAGCACAGCAGUCACAUCUUUGAAACCAGAAGAUGCUUUUGAUCCAAAUCGUGUGAAAUGUGUAGUUGAUAAUCGUGGUUAUGCAAUCUAUUUUUCUCGAGGACUCAUCCCCUUUAACAAAUCUGGGAAGAUAAAUACUGAAUUCCCUUAUAAUCUUCAUCUUGGCAUUCAGAGCUAUGAUUCGGAAUUUUUAAAGAUUUAUCCCAAUUUGUCUCCAACUCCAUUGCAACUUGAAGAAGAUUUGGAACAACUGAAAGUUCUUGAAAAUGGGUACAAGAUGAAGGUAAUAAAAGUGGAUCAUGAUGCUCAUGGUGUUGAUACUCCAGAAGAUGUGGCCAAAAUUGAAAAAUUUAUGCUCGAAAGGAACUUGUCUUAGUGUAAUCUUGUGAUUUUGUCACCAAAAGCUUGAAGAGUUUUAUCAAAUUAGUGUUUAUUUGUUGUAGAGUUGGAGUUAAAAUUUAGACAUUAUAUUUUGUACAAGUUAUUAACAAAAACAUUUACAUGAGUUUGUAAGUUUAGCAUGUGAUAAAGUGUAUCAAAUUGUGGGAAUACGAAAGUGAAACUUGU